UGUCAAAUCUGAAAUCAAUAUGGCCGAGUUUUACCGGUCGUGUAUUAUUGUAUUUAGGUAAAAGUUCGUUAUUAAUAAUUUUGGCCCAUAAAGUACUGAACGUCACUCUAUAAUCGUAUUUACUGUGCCUAAUAGAGCUGAUAGACAAUUAUGGAAGCACUUAUACCAGUAAUCAAUAAAUUGCAAGAUGUAUUUAAUACGGUCGGAGCAGAUGCCAUCCAGUUACCUCAAAUUAUAGUUUUAGGAACACAGAGUUCUGGCAAGAGUUCAGUGAUAGAGAGUCUGGUCGGGCGUUCUUUCCUUCCCCGCGGUCCCGGCAUCGUGACCCGACGCCCGCUGAUUCUGCAGCUGGUGUACAGCCCAAAAGAUAGCAAGGAGCAUCGGUCUGCUGAAGAAGAGCUAAGACACCAAAUACCAGUGCCAGCAUCAUGGAAUCCAAUAUCUCAGCUAUCCAACUCAAUGUUUUCUUCAGGGACGGUCAACAUAGAAGAAUGGGGAAAGUUCCUACACACAAAAGACAAGAUUUACACAGAUUUCGACCAAAUCAGGCAAGAGAUAGAGAGAGAGACAGAUCGGAUGGCAGGCAACAACAAGGGCAUUUGCCCAGAGGCCAUCAACCUCAAGAUUUACUCCACCAAAGUUGUCAACCUCACCCUUGUGGAUUUACCUGGUAUCACCAAAGUACCUAUCGGUGACCAACCCGAGGAUAUAGAAAACCAAAUCCGAAACCUGAUAGUCAAGUACAUAGCUAAUCCAAACUCGAUAAUUCUGGCCGUGACUGCAGCCAACACAGACAUGGCAACGAGUGAGGCGAUCAAAAUGGCAAAGGAUGUGGACCCGGAUGGAAGACGAACCCUGGCUGUCGUUACUAAGCUUGAUCUCAUGGAUGCCGGAACCGACGCAAUAGAUAUCUUAUGCGGGCGUGUGAUCCCCGUAAAGCUCGGUAUUAUCGGCGUCGUUAACCGGUCGCAGCAAGACAUUAUUGAUAAGAAAUCCAUCACGGAUGCUCUAAAAGACGAAGCCACGUAUCUUCAAAGGAAGUACCCGACGAUCGCGACGAGGAAUGGAACGCCAUACUUGGCCAAAACCCUGAACAGGCUGCUCAUGCACCAUAUAAGAGAUUGCCUGCCCGAACUCAAGGUCCGCGUGAACGUGAUGAUCUCGCAGUUCCAAACGCUGCUGAACUCGUACGGCGAGGACGUGUCGGACAAGUACCAGACGCUGCUGCAGAUCAUCACGAAGUUCGCGAGCGCCUACUGCUCCACCAUCGAGGGCACGGCGCGCAACAUCGAGACCACCGAGCUGUGCGGCGGCGCUCGCAUCUGCUACAUCUUCCACGAGACUUUCGGUAGAACUCUGGAUUCUAUUCACCCGCUAGUAGGUUUGACGCGCAUGGACAUCCUGACGGCGAUCCGAAACGCGACGGGCCCGCGGCCGGCGCUGUUCGUGCCCGAGGUGUCGUUCGAGCUGCUCGUCAAGCGACAGAUCCGCCGCCUCGAGGAGCCCUCGCAGCGCUGCGUCGAGCUGGUGCACGAGGAGAUGCAGCGGAUAGUGCAGCACUGCGGCACGGAGGUGCAGCAGGAGAUGCUGCGCUUCCCGCGCCUGCACCAGCGCAUCGUGGACGUCGUCACGCAGCUGCUGCGCACCAGGCUGCCCGCCACCAACGCCAUGGUGGAAAACCUAGUAGCGAUCGAACUAGCGUACAUCAACACCAAGCACCCGGACUUCCACCGCGAGGCGGCGCUGGUGUCGGGGCUGCUGCAGAGCACGGAGGCGCGCGCCGACGACAGCCCCGCGCCCCGCAGGCCCCGCGCCACGCCCUCGCCGCUGCUUCUCCGCCAAAUGGGCGAAAGAGGGUCCAUCCUAGUAUUUAUGACGAAUAUCUGGGAUGCGUACAACCAGCACGUGCCGGCCAUCACGGACGGCCAAGAGUACAAAUCUCCGACACAAAAUUAUAACUGUGAAUCUCCAGUCACACCUCAGGUAAACGGCGGCAGUCCGGCCGAGAAGGCGCUGACGCCGCAGAAGCCGGUGAACCUGCUGCCCGAGGUGCCGAGCCAGCACUCGCGCAAGCUGUCCGACCGCGAGCAGCACGACUGCGACGUCAUAGGUGGACGGAGCGACAAAACGGCAAACGAUAUUUAUUACUCAAAGAUUGAACGCAUCAGCAUGAUGCACUUGAACUCUAUGGGCGACCUAGUCGAGCGGCUUAUCAAGUCAUACUUCUACAUCGUCCGCAAAUCGAUCCAAGACUCGGUCCCGAAGGCGGUGAUGCACUUCCUCGUGAACUACGUGAAGGACAACCUGCAGUCGGAGCUGGUCACGCACCUGUACAAGUCGGACCAGGCCGAGUCGCUGCUCAACGAGUCCGAGCACGUCGCGCAGCGCCGCCGCGAGGCCGCCGACAUGCUCCGGGCACUGCAGCGAGCCGGGCAGAUCAUCAGCGAGAUCCGCGAGACGCACAUGUGGUGAUGCUGCGCCGGAGCCGGCUCCAGUCUGAUUAGUUGAAUGAGCGCUCUGUACAUACUCCUAGCGUCGGGGAACACGUGACUGCACGAGGCUUCAUACUUACUACUCUCAUUGCGUUUACUACGAUCACAAUUUGUGUGGCUCUCUGCUAAAUCAUAAGUGUAUAUGCUAUUGAUUUGAAACCAAAAAAUUGAACUUUUUAAUAAUUUUUUAGACCCGACUGCAUAUUAGUCGUAUUUAGCUGCACUCAUUAUAUGUGGCACGGUGUAUCUGAUAAAGCGCGAGCUAUUUUUUUUGUUGAACAAAUGUUUCUGAUUAUUGUUGAUUGUUUGAUACGCGCAGGUAUUUCAGAUAAUUUUACGUAAAUGCGAAGAUUGAGUGAAUAUUUUAUACGUGUCCGUUAUAGAGGUUAUAAGGUAUAAAGUGCCAAUAAAAUUCGAGUUGUUUAGUCCCGCUCACAAGUUAAUUAUAUUUAAACUGGGAGAUAAUUUCUCCGAAUCAUUGUUAAGUUCUUAAAACUGGUGAUUAGUGUUUUUGAUCAAUCCAUACAUUGUGAAUAAGGAGUUUCAGAUGUCUCUAUAAUCUGUAAUUCAUAUUUAGAUAAGUAUUGUUUUUAGUAUUAUGAUUCAUAGCAUAAUACUAAAAGCGUUUCACAUGCAUUUCAUUGCUAUCUAUGCUAUAAUUGGCAAAGUAACCUUACCAUAAUUGCUAGUUAAUUGCACAAAUCGCAUUAUCAGUUACCAUAUUUUGAUCUAUGCUAAUACACUAGGCAAAUAAACAUCAAGUGAAUGUAAUUAAGGCGCAGGGUAGGGCAAGGCAUUCUCCAUACAAACCUUCUGCAAGUUGCAUUCGUUAGUUUUGGCACUAUAGCAUUUAAUUUCAUUUUUGCUUGUAUAUAUUGGAUAUACGCAGAACUUGAUGUAGAUUUUUUUCUUUAUUAUAAAAAAUACAAAAAAAAAUACACCAAGCCCUAGCUAACAGAAAAAUAAGCAUAUUUACCAAAAAUAAUAACUGUAGCGCAAACACAAACGAAGAAAAACGCGCACAAAGUUUGUAUGGAAAGAGCUUGCCCUACCCUUCGCCUUAACUCAUUGUUAUGUACAGUCAGCGUCAAAUACUUUGUAGCAACCAAAGUAGCCAAAUAGUUCGGUACACCAUAUAUUUAGUAUGGUGUACCGAACUAUUUGGCCACUUUGACUGCUACGAAGUAUUUGACGCUGACUGUACACAGUGAUAUUAUGUACUAAAUGUACUCGUAUUUUAGGCAUGUAUUGAUAUUUUUAUUCUUAGGGCUGAAUGUUGAUGAAUUUUCGACAAUGUUUUUGCUAUUGUGCGUGAUCUAUUUGAUAGCAGUCGUGUCCGCUUGCGUGUUAACCAGUUGUGUGUCUAGAAUGACUGUUGAACUUGUUUCGCAUACAGGGUUAGCGUAGUGAUGAGACAUGUUGUUUGUUAAUCAUAAAUGUAUGGAGUUAUUCUUUAAUAUUAGUUCCUCGUUAAAGUGAAGUGAUAUCGCGCAUGCUGUGUUAGCCUCCGCACGGUCCAGUCAUUCGGUGUCAUGUCUACACGAUUCGUAAUUUAUUUGUUUUACUUAAAUGUAGUUUAGCGAGUAUUCCAAUGUAUUUAUUGUUAUAUAUUAGACGAGUGUGAUUUGCUCUAUUACGGAUGAACAAUUUAUGACGUUCCUCGGGUAAGGGUACCUUACGGGGCCGGCGCCAUAAGGUACCUCUCCGAGGAACGUCACAAUAUGAAUGUUACAUAAGGUAAAUUGUAUUUAAAAGUCUGUUAUUCAUAAACAUAGAAUAAUUUCAAGGUCAAA